AUGACUGCCAACGCGGUCUUGCCCACCCCUGCCGCGGGCGCUGCGGAUAAGGCGGCCUACCCUCCCGUGGUAGACCUGCGGGCCAUGAUGGCAAGGAGACCGCUCCCGGCCGUGGCGCCAGGCACCGUAGAUGCGUCGUCCCUGACAGGAAAGGAGCCCGCCAGGCUGGCCCGCGGAGUUCUGGACAAGCUGAAUGCCUCCCUGGCCGCGGGAGAUGCCGCGGGCGUGGAGGACUGCUUCAACGCCUCCCAGGCGUACUGGAAGGACAGCAUUGCCUUGACUUGGCAUCUACGCACAUUCGCCACUCCCUCAACCAUUGCCGCCAGUCUUUUGGAGACCAGCAGACUCAGGGGGCUGUCGCGAGAUGGCUUCCAAGUCGACGGUGAUGCCCAGUUCAACCCUGUCUUUAGCUUUAUCGACUGCCCCAUCUCCUUUGCCACCAGCUCUCCGGCCACCAAAGCGAUAGGCAAGGUCCUCUUGCUACCCGUGAGGGGUGACAAGAACCAGGUGGAGUGGAAGAUAUGGAUACUUGCGACAAGACUCGAGAGCCUCGACGUCCAUCCCGAAAACGAAGCGCUGCUUAGGCAGCCCGGCCGGACCAUUGACGGCAAGCAAGACUUUGAGACCCAAGUCUUGAUUCUCGGAGCUGGGAAUGCUGCCGCCAUACUCGCCGCCCGCCUUAAGGCGCUGGGCGUCGAAAGCGUCAUGGUGGAGAGGUACCCCCGGGUCGGCGACAACUGGGCUCGCCGCUACGACUGUCUCCAGUUCCACGUGCCCACCUCGUCCGCCCAGACGCCUUAUUUACCCUACGAUGAUAGCCUGCUGGGUCGGAUGCUCAAACGGGAAGAUCUCGCCAACCACAUGCGGCGCUACGUGGCCGAGUUCCACCUUAACGUCCUCACGUCUUCCAGGGUCCAGUCGUCAGUCUUUGAUACAUCGACCAAGAAGUGGACCGUUACGAUUCAGACAACUGCUGGCCGGGUGACGGCGACCGCGAGACACGUCGUCCAGGCCGCAGGCCUCGGCUCCCAGCAGCCCUUCAUCCCGAAGCUGGCCGACGAGGGCCUUUACAAGGGCGUUAGCAUCCACUCGACCGAGUACCAGAACCCGGACGCCUCUCUGAAGGCCAAGGGCGUGCGGUCGGUGCUGGUGGUGGGCUCGGCUAACACGGCCUUUGACGUGCUGCAGGACGUGCACGACGCCGGGCUCGAGACCACCAUCGUCGCGCGCUCCCGGACCUUUGUCGUGCCCGUCGAGUACCUCAGGGACCCGCGGGCCUUAGGCCCGUACGACGCCGGUGUCGAGGAGGCCGACCGCAACGCCUUUUCGCUGCCGACGUGGGUCGAGGCGUGGCUCGUCAAGGGGCUCUUUGCGUCCCUCGCCCGCGCCGAGCCGGACCGGUACAGGGCGCUUGCGGCCGCGGGGUUCCCCGUCCUCGACAGCGCGGAUAAGGACGCGUGCCUGCUCCACAACAUCCUCGAGCGGGGAGGGGGUCACUACGUCGACAUGGGCACGACCCGCCUCAUCGCGGACGGCAACGUCGGCGUCAAGGCCGGCGUCGCGCCCGUCGCCUACACCGAGCACGGCCUGCGCUUCUCGGACGGGAGCAUGAUCGAGGCGGACGCGGUGGUGUGGUGCACGGGCUUCCGGGACAAGGACGUACGGCAGGUCCUGCUGGACGUGCUCGGGUCCGAGCCGGAGCAGGGCGGGCCGGGGAGGCUGGGGCCGCGGGACGUGCUGGCGCGCAUGGACGCGACGUGGGGUGUCGACGCCGAGGGCGAGGUGCGCGGCGUGUGGAAGCGGCACCUGGGCCUGGAGCGCGACGGCGGCGUCAACUACUGGGUCGCGGGCGGGCACACGCAGUUCCACCGGUACCACUCCACUACGAUCGUGCUGCAGAUCAAGGCGGAGCUCGAGGGCUUGCUGCCCGAGGCGUACAGGAAGACUCCUGGAGGGCACUAA